AUGUUGUCUGAACCGUCCUCGUCGCUCUACUGGCCGCCGGAUGUCGCGCGCUACGACAUGGAAGCCCUCUUGUUCUCGUCGUCCGGGUUGCUUAGGACUGCAUGCAUCGUCUCGGCGCUGUUCUGGGUCGCCUUCCGCGCCUACCAGGUCCUCACGCAGCCUGUCGAGAAGCUGGUGCAGGUGCUCGGCCUUGAAGUCCCCGUCGCGCCCCUCGUUUCGCUUGCUGGAAUAAAGGCAGAUGGGGUUUUGCUACACUGGAAACCGCCCGACCAGCGCACCUCUGUCCUGAAAUACGUUAUCCGAAUCAACGGCAUAGACAUUGGCGACAUCUCGCCCCAGGAAUCCUCUAUUACUAUCGAGAACCUCCAGCCCGACCACCACUACACCAUCCGCAUAGUCACGCUGAACUCGUCGAGCUUCCAAGCACCCAGCGUGCCCAUCCGCCUCCGAACCCUCCCCGCCAACUCUGAUGACUUCUACGGCCCCCACCCGCCCAAAGACGCGCUCAUCGCCAGUGAUGACAAUGACUACACUCCCACGCCUGUUAUUCGACCGAACAAGACCCUCGCCGACGUUGUCACAUCCGUCGCCGCGCCGCCCAUGACCCGCGAACACAGCAACAGCACCUCCCGCAUGAGGCGCCCAGAUAUCGGAAGGAAGAUCUCGCCAGCAUCGCAACCGCAAGACCAGGCAAGGUCGGCGCAAGAGGCAGAAGGCCCAGACUCUAUCCGUCAGCUGACUGAGAAGUUGGAUGCUCUCCGACGCGAGUUGGACGACAUGGAGCGUCAGAUCCAGGAAGAGGACCAGGAGUUUGUGACUCAGAAGGCUAUCUUGGUAGACAAGCGCGACGAAAAGAAGGCUGCGUUGAAAGAGAAGGAAGAUGCCAGUCGCGACCUACGGAAAGAGGUGGCCAGCCUUGAACGACAAAACGCCGCCGCGCAGACCAGGCGCGCUCAGCAAGAAAGGGUUCUACGUCAAAAGGAAGCGGAGCGGAAGAAGCUUAAAGACGAUGUUGCAAAGUGGACCAGAGAGGCUGGCGAACUUCGCGACACUGCCGAGAAGAUCAAGAAGGAACAGACCGAGUACCAGUCAGCCUCCGAGAAGCGCGUUCAGGACCUGAAAGACAAGUAUGCCGACGAGACACAGGCGAACAAGGUUUUGGAGGACGCGAUUCGUGAGAAGGGUAUUCACAUCAAGGCUCUGGAAGAGGAAAGACAGAGGUUGGAAGAAGGUCAAGAAGGUGCGGAAGCCACAGAUGGUCCUGACAACGCGGAGAAGGAAGAGGACAAUCGCUGGAGAAUGACUCUAGGUCUCCUGCAACAGCAGUAUGCUCAAGCUUGGUCGCUGUACGCCGAAGCCGAAAGAGCUCACCAAGACGCCACGGGCAGAUUGACCUACAUGCAGCAACGUCGCUUGAGCCAACCUCAGCUCUUCUCCGGCCCACCUGUUCCGGAGAUGGGGCCAGUCAGAAGGAACAGCCAACGUGCCCGUCCUCUCAGCAUGCGCGAAGGGCUUCUCUCUCAAGCUACUGGCGGUUUCGUGCACACUUCAUCAGCUCCGUUCAACAGUAUCCCAACGACCGCAUCACCGUCCUUUGCGACCGCAACGCCCUACUUUAACCCAGUCAACGGCAUGGCACUACCCCCUCGUACAUACAAUACCUCCUUCUCGCAAGCCGACUUUGAGAGUUUAACUGGUGGUGCACCCAUGAGCCCGACAGCCGGCGCAUUACUCCCAGCAGGUUUGUUUGGGGAUGAUCUAGGCUUGACAGAAGACGAGGACGACGACCCAGGUCCACCCCAAGCCCCUUCCCAAGACCCUUCACCUAACAUGAGGAACGUUCUACCUGGCCUUGGAGCCCCUGGCACAAUGCAUCCAACACACAAUUCCAGUUCACCAGCUUCGCCACAGAGUGGUUCGCCUAGUGCUCUCGCAAGCCCAAGGGAUAGUGCGGGCGAACUACAGUUCUAUCCAAGCAACGACAAUAACAUGGAUAACGAUAGGCGCUCCAUACACUCCACAUCCAGCUCCUUCCAGAUCAAUCCCCAAGCCAGUCGUUUCGGUGGACUCUUUGGACUGAAUCGAGCUCGUGGUAAGACGUUUUCUGAUGAGGGCCCGGCUUUGGGCUCUUUGAAGCCAUCGCAAAGCCAGUCGCUACCUCGUCAGGAACACGGUGUCGAUGCCCUGGGCAACACGCGCCGCCGCGGCAGCCAUUCUGAAGGUGCAUGGUACGACACGUUCAUACGCACUAAAACCCAGCCUGUUGAGUCACUCAGUAGCCCAAAGCACGUGGCUACUCGCAAACGCCCAUUCAACAUGUUCAGCAGCGCAAAAGGUGGCGAAGACCCCUGGCUGCGUAACAUCCUCGGCAUGCAGCGCCCAACAUCCCCACGUCAGGGCUCCACAAACUCGGGAGAAGGCAUGGCGUUACCCCGUCCCUCAACUGAAAGCCAAACGCGGUUUGGUUGGAACGUGGACGCCUUUGGUGCUCGGGCCAGCCCUCUGGGUGUAGACUGGAGCGUCAACAACACCAACACUACGUCCUGGUCUCGCCUAGGAUCCCGUCGACCCUCGAUGCAGCACACGUCGAGUGCGAAUCUAAUCAACGACGAUGGCCACGAUGAUGUCCUGGACUUCCCGUCGAAUACCCGUUCCCCCACCCAAGCCCCAAUCGGUACCCGGCCGCAGUCCUCAGCCUCCCACAUGCCAGCCCAGCCAUCUACUUCUUCCUUGCCCCCUAUCCCGCCUACUCCGCCUAAACAGCUGAAUCCGGCGGCGGCGAGUUUCACCAUGUUCCAACUUGGCAAGAAAACCGAAGAAGACAAAGCGAAGCGGGCUGCGGAGAAAGAAGCUAGGAAAGCGGAGAAGGCAGAGAAGAAGGAGGAGAAGGAGAAGCGCGUCAAAGCGGAGAAGGCUGCACGGAAAGAUAAACAUACACCGUCCGAGGCUGGCGACGCUCGAGACGCAACUUCCCCUCACACAGACUCCCGCAUGUCACGCGAUACUCCGUCCAUCAUUUCCACCGCCGACGCCUCGGAAGCGAGCCCGAGAGAGAGUCUCGAGAGGAGUGUUUCGCACACUGCCUCGGACGCCGCUGGUUCCAUUGGCAAAGAAUCCUUUAUGCAGAAACUUACGCGGAAAGGAAGUACGAACCAGUUCCUGACGUUUGGCAAGAAGGGCGCUUUGUUCUCUUCCAAGAAGAGUGCCGCCGGCGACGUGCCUGGCACCCCAGACGAGGCGGAAGAGAUUGAAAGUUCGGGUGGAUUUUUUGGCCUAGGCAAGUCGACGGAAAGCGUUGGCAAUAGCCCUUCUAUUGGGACACCCAAGGAUAAGGCGAGUGUUUGGGGGAGUAUCAAGAAGAUUGGGAGUAGGAAGGAUAAAACGCCUAGCUUACAUGAGAGUAUUGCUAGUGAAGCGACGGGAGAUGAGGAUGAUAGGGAUGGGUUUACUGAGGGGAUGAGGGCGUAA